AUGGCUUUCAACAAGUAUUUUGCCAUCUGCAGCCCCUUCAUCCACAACUCCAUCCUGACCAUCUCCCUGGUAGUCAAGAAUGGGUUGCUGGCUCUAGCCCGGGUAGCUGGGCUCAUGUUGCCCCUGCUUUUUCUCUGUCUCCUGCCAUACUGCUGCUCCCACACCAUAUCCCACCCCUACUGCAAACACAUGGCAGCGGUGGAGGUGGCCCGUGCCAACACCAGGCUCAGUAACAUCAUUGCGGUUCUCUUCAUUGUGGGCUUGGAGCUGUUGUUCAUCGGGGACUUGUACCUCAGGAUCCUGAGGACCUUGUUAGGCUCAGCAUGGAAAGAGGACAGAUUGAAGGUAUUUAGGACCCGCCUCUCCCACAUCCGAGUCAUCCUGGUCUUCUACACCCCUGUAGUUCUCUCCUCAAUCAUCCAUAGGUUUUGUUGCCAUGUUGUAUCUCACAUGCACAUCUUGAUAGCUAACUUCUACCUCCCAUUUUCCCCAUGGUGUAUGCGUAGAGUGGGGUCAGCUCGGCAUGUGGAGACAAGAGUGGCCGGGACAGUGAUGUGGGUUUCAGACUUGUAUGGCAGAAGGCUACGGCUGGACACAAAGCUACUGAGGGCCAUCAGCAGCAACAUCGACACCACCAUGAGCGACGGUGAGUGGGUGAAGAAGGCUGGAGACAGAAUGAUGGACAACAUGGCCAGGAAAGAGCACAUGGCCUUCAGUCCUCUUGUUGCAUAA